AUGACAAACGAUAAGAAGUUAAUAAAACUGUUUGUAUCGGCCUUUGCAAUGGAGGUUAUUAUGAAUAAAACCAUAGAUGUUGAGUUGAGAAACACAGGAUUGGAAAGAUCUGAAAGAUUGGCAAAGGAUUUGGAGUGGAUCAAAGAUCAAGGCCAUGUUUUACCAGAACCUUCUGACCUUGGUGUUAAUUAUGCUAAUUAUCUCAAGGAAUUAUCAAUAGUCAAGGAUUCUCAUCUAAUUCUGUGUCACUUCUACAAUCUGUACUUUGGUCAUACUGCUGGUGGUCGAAUAAUGGCGAAAAGGUAUGCAAUUAAUGCUCUAUCUGAGAAGAUAAUGAACAACAAGGAGUUGGAAUUUUACAAAUGGGAUGGUGAGGUUUCCCAACUGUUGCAGAAUGUCACGGACAAGCUGAACAAAUUGACUGAGAGUUGGACAAGAGAGGAAAAGAACCAGUGUCUGGGAGAGACUGAAAUAUCCUUCAAAUAUUAUGGAGAUAUUAUUAGUUUGAUAUUAUCGUGA